AUGCAGUACAACUUGGUACGGUGUCUGAAACAGUCGAACUUGGAAGUCAAAAUGAAUCCUCUGCGCAGCCUUUGCCUGCUGGCCUGCCUUGUGGCAGUGGCCAUGGCUGGACCCCAGUCCGGUGGCCGUUCCAACUCCCUGGACAGUGUGCAGCAGCCCAGCAAUUGGGUGAGCCCCCGGGAAAUCGAGGAUCUGCCGGCGCUGAACCAGGUUACCCUGAAGAAGCUGCAGGAGAUGAGCCUGGAGGAGGGUGCCACACUGCUGGACAAGCUCUACCAUUUGUCCCAGUUCAACCGGGUCUUCAAGCCCGACUAUACACCCGAGCCCAGCCAGAUCAAGGGCUACAUUGUGGGCGAACGCGGCCAGAAGAUCGAGUUCAACUUGAACAGCCUGGUGGAGACGGUGAAGCGCCAGCAGAAGUUCGGCGAUGACGAGGUCACCAUUUUCAUCCAGGGCCUGCCCCAGAGCAACUCGCAGGUGCACAAGGCCACCAGGAAGCUGGUGAAUGCCUAUCAGCAGCGCUACAACCUCCAGCCCUAUCCCACCACCGAUUCCUCAUCCGAGGAGCAGCAUCAGAAGAGCAGCAGCGAGGAGCAGCAGCAAUCGCACGGCAGGAAGCAGAACGGUGAACAAGAUGAUACCAAAACUGGUGACCUCAUUGUCAUCCAGCUGGGCGAUGCCAUCGAGAACUUCGAACAGUACGCCACCCUGAACAUUGAGCGCCUGGGCGAGAUUGUGGGCAACCGUCUCGUUGAGCUGACCAAUGCUGUGAAUGUGCCCCAGGAGAUCAUCCAUCUGAUUGGCUCCGGACCGGCUGCCCAUGUGGCCGGCGUGGCUGGACGGCAGUUCACCCGCCAGACGGGACACAAGUUGCGCCGCAUCACCGCCCUCGACGCCUCGAAAAUCUAUGGCAAGCCGGAGCAGAAGCUGACUGGUUUGGCUCGUGGCGAUGCUGACUUUGUGGACGCCAUUCACACCUCGGCCUACGGCAUGGGCACCGGCGAGCGACUGGCCAACGUGGACUUCUAUCCCAAUGGACCCUCGACCGGAGUGCCCGGUGCCGACAAUGUGGUGGAGGCGGCCAUGCGUGCCACCCGCUACUUCGCGGAGUCAGUGCGUCCGGGUAACGAGCGGAACUUCCCCGCCGUGGCCGCCAGCUCGUACCAGGAGUACAAGCAGAACAAGGGCUAUGGCAAGCGGGCCUACAUGGGCAUUGCCACCGACUUUGAUCUGCAGGGCGACUACAUGCUGCAGGUGAACUCCAAGAGCCCCUUCGGUCGCAGCACUCCCGCCCAGACCCAGUCCGGCUACCACCAGGUGCAUCAGCCAUGGAGGCAGUCCUCUGCCUCCGCCGCCAGUCAGGCAAACCGCCACCACUAGAACUAGAACUAGUUCGCUAGUGUUGGCUAGAUGACAACCAGAUCGCACACCCCUCACGCGAGCGAACCACUUAGCCCAUCCCCAUCCAGCGCAGAGCUGCACCACCACACCAUCCACUAUCUGUAAUACGCUUCGUUUUUUAAUUCACAAAAUAAAAAAACCUUUGCAUUUUUAAAAUAA